AUGUACCCAACAUCGAGCAUGCCUCGUCCCUAUGUGUGCCAUGCGACAACUAGUCAGAAUGAUAGCGCAGUUUCGUCAUCGUUCUCAUCGGAUGCUAAUGGGCAUCGGCCUACAAGGUUACGCAGCAUUCGAGAGGAACACCUACGAGGAAAUCCAACGACAUUCGCGAUUCCGCGAGUGGAACAUCAUUCGAAGGGUGAUACAAUGCAGUUUGAUCAUAACACCGAGGAAGGGCGACGAAUGUUUGCUGCUAUGCUGUGCAAAAAGCUGAAUCGGUUGCAAGCAAGGCGCGAACGAAACGACGAAACCGAACGACAACUAAGGGAUAUUGAAGAUAGAAAGUGUACGACACGCGAAUUGAUUUCGACCUCCGAGGCAGUACAUGAUGUGGCAGGUGACGAUGACGACGAUGUGGAGUGCUAUUUGGAGCGAAUGAGAGAAGACAGUUUGAAAGCGUCUGCUAAUCGCUCUCCAAGGCACACUGCCCUCUCACCAAGUAAGCCUAGUAUUUGUACAGUAAAAUUUCAAUACAGUCAGUGUAGAUCCCUUUUGCGGGUGCCCAAUUUUCCAUCUUUUUCGUUUGGAGCGAAUUGA